AGGGGCCAGCGAGGGAGGGUCAGCUGAGGCACGCUCCCGGAGCGGCCCCCACGGUCUCCCCAGAGCCGCCCAGAGUGCGGCUGCGGGAGCGCGCACCGAGUGCUGCCCAGUGCCGCGGUGCCGCCGCGCCAUGGAGUCGCUGCUGCGCGCAGAGCUGCGCACCGCGACCCUGCGGGCCUUCGGCAGCCCCAGCGCCGGCGGCUGCAUCAGUGAGGGUCGUGCGUACGACACGGACGCGGGCCCGGUGUUUGUCAAGGUCAACCGCAGGACGCAGGCCCGGCAGAUGUUUGAGGGGGAGAUGGCGAGCCUGGAGGCACUGCACAGCACAGGCCUGCUGAGGGUCCCGCGGCCCCUGAAGGUCAUCGAUCUCCCGGAAGGUGGGGCUGCCUUUGUGAUGGAGUAUUUGAAGAUGCGGAGUUUGAGCAGUCAGGCGGCAAAAUUGGGAGACCAGAUGGCCGAGCUGCACCUCUACAACCAGAAGCUUGGGGAGCAGCUGAAGAAGGAGGAGAACAUAGUGGGCCGGAGGGCUGAGGGCACUGAGCCCCCCUACGUGAGCAAGUUUGGCUUCCACACUGUGACCUGCUGUGGCUUCAUCCCGCAGGUAAACGAGUGGCAUGAUGACUGGCCAACCUUCUUCACCCGGCACCGGCUCCAGACGCAGCUGGAUCUCAUUGAGACGGACUACGCUGACCGCGAGGCCCGCGAGCUCUGGUCCAGGUUACAGCUGAGGAUCCCGGCCCUGUUCAGCGACCUGGAGGCAGUCCCCGCCCUGCUGCACGGGGACCUGUGGUCGGGGAACGUGGCGGAGGACGACGCAGGGCCUGUGGUGUUCGACCCGGCCUCCUUCUACGGCCACUCCGAGUUCGAGCUGGCCAUCUCCUUGCUGUUUGGGGGCCUGCCCAAGGCCUUCUUCACCGCCUACCACCGCAAGGUGCCCAAGGCGCCGGGCUUUGAGCGGCGGCUGCUGCUGUACCAGCUCUUCAACCUCCUCAACCACUGGAACCACUUCGGACGCAGCUACCGCUCCUCUGCGCUAGGCGCCAUGCGCAGGCUGCUGGCCUAGGGGUGCACGGAUGGCGGCUCCACACACAGGUGUGGACACAACUCCGGGGACCA